CUCCACCCUACCCCAUUCCCAUAGUGUUUGAAUAGAUUAAACACAAAUAUUUGUGGUUUUAAAUGAGAAAUUUAAAGUUAAAUUGUUACUUACUAAAUAUAGAAAAGAGUUAAUUCUUUUGAGACUGACUAACGAGGAAAAGGAAAGAAUCUCACAUAAAUUUGGAUGGAGGGAGUAUUAUUAUAUUCAAUGGGGUCAAUUUGUCUUAUCCCAUUCAUCUUGUACAAAUUAAUCAACAACAAACAAGGAAUUAUUUUUAAUACUAAGCUGUUCACAGAACAUUCUUGAGAUCAUCAGUACAAUAUCACAUAUAAACUCAUCAAAUUUUGCAGAUUUAACACAAUCAAGAAUGGAGUUAAUCAUGCUUAUUGUAAUGUUGUUAGUGUUGGUUUUAGUAGUUUUACUAGUCCUAUUAAGAACAAAUAAGGCUUCUCCAAAAGAAAUGGAAGCAAUUCCAGGUACCUUAGGAUGGCCUAUUAUUGGAGAAAGUCUCUCUUUCAUAUCCGAAUUUUCGAGCCCUGCUGGUAUAUACAGCUUCAUCAAUAAGAGACAGCAACUGUAUGGGAAGGUGUUUAAGAGUUAUGUAUUGGGAAGGUAUACGGUAUUCAUGACCGGAAGAGAAGCAAGCAAGAUCUUGUUGACAGGUAAAGAUGGGAUAGUGAGCUUAAACCUUUUCUACACAGGACAGCAAGUACUUGGACCUACUAGCUUGCUCCAACAGACGGGAGAGGCGCACAAGAGACUCCGAAGACUAAUUGCUGAACCACUUUCUGUUGAUGGUUUAAAGAAGUAUUUUCAGUUUAUCAACAGUUUAGCUAUUGAAACAUUGGAUCAGUGGUCUGGAAGAAAAAUUUUGGUUCUUGAAGAAACUUCCACAGUUGAGUCUUCUGAUCAUUUUUUCCUAGAGUUUGGUCUAAAGGAGGCAUUUUUGAACCUUUCAGAUUAUGUUUUUUUGCAGUUUACACUGAAGGUUAUAGGCAACAUGAUAAUGAGUUUAGAGCCAACUGGUGAGGAGCAAGAGAAAUUUCGAACCAAUUUCAAGAUUAUUUCUGGCUCUUUUGCUUCUUUACCCUUUAAAGUCCCGGGAACUGCCUUUUAUCGUGGCAUUCAGGCUCGUGAUCGAAUGUAUGCUAUGUUAGACUCGAUAAUUGACCAACGGAGGAGUGGGGAAACCAUAAAACAAGAUUUCUUGCAAUCCCUGGUGAAGAAGCAUGGCAAAGAUGCACCAGAAGGAGAUGAUGACGACAAACUCACAGAUAAACAACUUAAGGAUAACAUAUUGACACUUCUAGUUGCAGGCCACGAUACUACAACUGCUGCUUUAACAUGGCUCCUCAAAUUUCUUCAAGAAAAUCCUGCUGUAUUGGAACGACUAAGAGAGGAGCAUAGAGAAAUCCAAGCUCGAAAACAAGGCACAUUAGAUCUCACCUGGUCUGAAGUCAACAAUAUGCCUUACACCGCCAAAGUAAUCAGUGAAACACUUCGAAUGGCCACAAUCCUUCCGUGGUUUUCAAGAAAAGCAGCACAAGAUUUUGAGAUAGAGGGGUGCAAAAUCAAGAAGGGAUGGUCACUUAACUUGGAUGUAGUGUCUAUCCACCACGACCCCAAGAUUUUUCCUAAUCCUGAGAAGUUUGAUCCUUCUAGAUUUGAUGAUCCUCUAAAACCUUUCAGCUUCCUUGGAUUUGGAAGCGGACCACGCAUGUGUCCUGGAAUCAACUUAGCCAAACUGGAAAUUUCUGUCUUUCUUCAUCAUCUUGUCUGCAGAUACAAAUGGACACCGUUAGACACAGAUGACUCCGUCCAGCCAACACUUGUUAGGAUGCUGAAGAACAAGUAUCCCGUCAUGGUUGAGACACUUUAGAUAAUGUCUUUUACA